ACCUAUUAUUUAGAUGCAGGCCUUUCUCUCAGCAUCUCUAUCUCACUCUCUGGUGCAGCAGGUCAGCAGUCAUGCCUCAAACAGGCUCCCAGAUGCUCCCGCUAUUGGCUCUCGGAUUGGUUUGGCUGAUUUGCGACUCCACCACUAUCUGUGAGUCUGCCACAGGAUCUACUGUAGCCUCUAUAAACCAAAAAACCUGUUUGAAAAUAGAGAAUGACAUGCGAGAGGCCAUGUGCCGUAAGAAUGACCUUCCAGGUGCAGGGUGGUCAUGUUGUGGAGGGCAGGCUUUCAACCCUGAAGAAGCCACUUGUUGUAAAGAUGGAUACACCAACAACACAGCUGUUACAGAGGGUCUGAGCGAAAAGGUGUCGGCUUGCUGUGGACUAAAGGCCUAUGACCAACUCAAUGAAAUGUGCUGUAACUCAACCAUCAUAGCCAAACCUGUGCCAAAUGCCCAAUGUUGUGAUAAUGAUGCUUAUGAUGUGGACAAGCAGAUGUGUUGUGGUCCGAUGGAGAACAAGAUGAUCCUGACGAGAAAUUCCAGUGACCACCUGUGCUGUGGACGUGACCAGUUUGACCCUAAGACUGAGUCCUGCUGUUUCAUAAACAACAGUCUUAAGAUACAGCCAAUCACAUCCAGCUUCUGUGUGAACGAAUCAGCUGUCUGUGGAACGAAGGCCUACAACACAUUCAAUGAACUAUGCUGUCAAUCAACUGUUGUAUCCAAACCUGCAUCAAAUGCCAAAUGUUGUGAAAAAAAUGCUUAUGAUGUGGACAAGCAGAUGUGUUGUGGUCCGAUGGAGAACAAGACGAUCCUGACGAGAAAUUCCAGUGACCACCUGUGCUGUGGACGUGACCAGUUUGACCCUAAGACUGAGUCCUGCUGUUUCAUAAACAACAGUCUUAAGAUACAGCCAAUCACAUCCAGCUUCUGUGUGAACGAAUCAGCUGUCUGUGGAACGAAGGCCUACAACACAUUCAAUGAACUAUGCUGUCAAUCAACUGUUGUAUCCAAACCUGCAUCAAAUGCCAAAUGUUGUGAAAGAAAUGCUUAUGAUGUGGACAAGCAGAUGUGUUGUGGUCCGAUGGAGAACAAGACGAUCCUGACGAGAAAUUCCAGUGACCACCUGUGCUGUGGACGUGACCAGUUUGACCCUAAGACUGAGUGCUGCUGUGUGAAGGAAGGUCUUAAGACACAGCUCAUCACAUCCAGCUGCUGUGUGAACGAGUCAGCUGUCUGUGGAACGAAGGCCUACAACACAUUCAAUGAACUAUGCUGUCAAUCAACUGUUGUAUCCAAACCUGCAUCAAAUGCCAAAUGUUGUGAAAAAAAUGCUUAUGAUGUGGACAAGCAGAUGUGUUGUGGUCCGAUGGAGAACAAGACGAUCCUGAAGAGAAAUUCCAGUGACCACCUGUGCUGUGGACGUGACCAGUUUGACCCUAAGACUGAGUGCUGCUGUAGCAUGAACAACAGUCUUAAGAUACAGCCAAUCACAUCCAGGUGCUGUGUGAAUGAGUCAGGUGUGCAGCAACAGAAACCCGCACCUCAACCCGACUGCACUGAGCCAAACACACGUCGCUGUGGGUCAGCAUGUUACAAUCCAAGUUCCUUUCGCUGCUGUGAGAAAAAACAGGGAAAGUCACAGUGCCGCUUCCCAGACCAAUGUGAUGAUGCCUCAACUGUGUAUAACCCACGUACACAUGUCUGCUGGGAUGGCUUUGUAUCUGAGUGGACGUCUUGGAUUGAACAAUCUCAUGCCUCCCCCGGACAACACUGCUGCGGAACAGAAGUCUUUCGGCCUCUCACUGAGAUCUGCUGCGAUGGACACAGACAUGCCAAAAAAGAAAACACUCACUGCUGUGGGGGUAAAGCCUACAACAUUAAAGACCCUCAGAUGAAGUGCUGCGCCGGGACACUGCACAACCUGACCCUGUUAUGCAGGCCUGGACAUGACGCGCAGUGCUGUGGAUCCAUUCUGCAAACCUCACAGAAUGUUUGCUGCUCGAGUGAGGACAAGGAGGUGCUUUACUCUGCCAAGACAGGAUUCGGAUGCUGUGGUCACCUCUACUACAACACCUCUCUGUGGUCAUGCUGUGCAGGGAAGCUGAGUCCAGUACACAAAGUAGGACAGCAUCAGAGCAUCAUGAUUAAAGAAUCCAGACUUCUGUCAGUAAACAAUCUGAAUGAAACAGAUCUUUGCAAUGAAAUGCAAAUCGGUACUAUGGAAAGCGUGUCUCCAGACAGCAUCGUGUUCAGCAAUGUGCUAAGAAUCCAUGGAAGAAAUGCCACGGUGAAACCUCUGUCCUCGCCUCACAUCCUGGAAACACCUGAUCGCUGCAGCUCCCCUAAACUGAUCCCUGGGAAUAGCUACUUCUUUGAUAAAGUUAAAGUCUUCACAGAUUUCAACCAUAACUCUAUUCUCCAGUCGCUCUAUUUCAUUAUUUCCAAGUGUUAUCGUCCUUAGGUCACCACUGUUACCUGUUACUACCAUCAGUUAAUCUGUUAUUGUAUACAUGGUCUGACUCACCGGAUGUUAAGCCUGCCAUUGCCCCCCUAUUUCAGAGGGCAUUCUCCUCCCCUUUAGCUAUCUCCGCUAUUUAUUUUGCAAGGGCACUGCAAUCGCUGCAUCUCGGACUUAGCCCCACCCAAGACGAUUGUGAUUGAUUUAAAGAAAUACAAACAAGCCAUGAAAUUGUUUCCCCUAUCCUUGAAUGAUAAGCGGCGCAGCCAGACUUUUCAUUAUUUUCAUUGCUCACUAUAUAUGGUGCUUUACCAAACACAUUUGCAGUCAAAUUACCAGAAACACAUUGCCACCUGUACACAGUGGACUAUAUCACUAAGAUUUUAGAUUAAGGUUUUUAAAGCGGUGCUCUUUGCAGAAAAGCUGACUUCUUUCCUGUCUGGUAGCGGUUAGCGUGCAAGAAUUAAUGUGUAAUUAAGCCAUUAACAUUAAGCUGAACAGCUAUCAGCUAAUAUGUUUUGUUUUUCAGAAUAUUAUGAUAGUCUUUGUUAUUUUUUUCACUCAUGCACCCUUGCGUUAUAUUUUAUUAUUAUGUUUUAUUCUUGCACUAAACUACAUUAUAAACGGCAACUAUUUGCACAUAUUUCAUUUAAAAAGUUGUAAAUGACAUGUCAAUUUUUACCAUUCCGCACCGGCGAUAGCCUUGGCCGGUCGAUAUCUCUGAACACCUCAGGGGAAUCUCUUUAAAUUUGGCACUAACGUUUACAUGGACUCAAGGGUGAACUGAUUAGAUUUUAGUGUCCAAAGGGCAAGGUUAGAGUGGCCUCACAAAGCACAUUUUUGGCCCCUCAAGAAUUCCUACACUACUUAUACAUAACAUAUUUCACACAAAUGUCUAGUAUGAUUAAAUGAUGAAGUGAUGACACUUUAUAUCAAAAAGGUCAAAGGUCAAUUUAACUGUGACAUCAUAAUGUUCUGCAAAAAUGCUGUUCUUGCCAUUAUUCAGUGCCAUAACUCAGGAACAGAAGGGGAGAUUUUGACCAUAUUUCAUAUUUUGUUGGAUACUGAAUUGGUGACACUAAUCUUGGGUGCCCACCCUGAAACUGUGGUGAUUGUAUAGAUCUUCUGUGCUGCCAGGUUGAAGAUUGUGUGAAGCAUCCAUGUUUUCGCCAAAAAAUACAAUAAUACCUUUUAUUAAAUUGCUCCUAAGUCUUCACUACACAUUAUAUGAGUCUAGACAGAUAUGGAUGUAAACUUGACUGGUUGGAGGAGGCAUACAACCACAGGGCAGUAAUUCUAGUUUAUCAUGGCAUUAUUUAUGAAGCUAGUAAUUGAUAAGCAUGUCUUCAAAAAUAUCAGGGAUAAAAGAACUAAACCUCCAAUAAUCCAAAGAUUUAGCUGUGCUGCAUUAAAGCUAUGUUUCUCAAUACUGCAGUUUUUUGUUGUACUGUACAUUUCUGUAUUGUAUGUGAAUGCCAUGAAUUUAAGCUUAAAAACCUAUUUUCAUUUUACCAAAAAAUGUCUAUGUCUAUAAAUCUUCUAUUUCUUAUCUAAUUUUAAGAAACAGAAAUAUAUAUAACUCAUAUUAACUCCUAUAUUGCAUGUUUAUUUUUUAUACAUGACAAGCUACUUUGAGGGCUUUAUGUUUUAUAUAUUUUAUCUCAAUAAAAAAAAUAUUACCUA